UGAAAUCACAACAUACUGUAAUAGUUGAGUAAAACGACAAUGAUUCCAUAAUUUCCAUCCACUUGUUUCAAAAUUCCACCAAACAGGAUAGACCAGCAGCAUUUCUGCUUGGAGCUUUAUUCGUCACAUUUUUUGUUACUCUAACUGCAUCUAACAUUUUUUUGGUUCCGACUUUCUAUCAUCUCAUUUUCCACUUUAGCAUCUUAUUGAGAUGUUAAUGGGCAUCUACUGAUCAUCUUGAAACUACUCCUGAGUCUAGGGGGCUUCCAAUGUUCAUUUUCCCCCAGGCUUGUUUUGGACACCACUUUCUGAUGCUAGACUACAAUGUUCCUGGAGGGAAGUUGAACCGAGGUCUGUCUGUUAUUGAUAGCUACAAGUUACUAAAAGAAGGAAAAGAUCUAACUGAUGAUGAAGUGUUCCUAGCUAGUGCUCUUGGCUGGUGUAUUGAAUGGCUCCAGGCAUAUUUUCUUGUCCUUGAUGAUAUUAUGGAUAAUUCUCACACAAGACGUGGUCAGCCAUGCUGGUUUAGAAUCCCCAAGGUUGGUAUGAUUGCCAUAAAUGAUGGAAUCAUUCUCCGGAACCAUAUCCCCAGAAUUCUUAAGAAGCACUUCCGAACAAAGGCUUACUAUGUCGAUCUGCUGGAUUUGUUCAAUGAGGUGGAAUUUCAAACUGCUUCGGGACAGAUGAUAGACUUAAUUACAACUAUUGAAGGAGAAAAAGAUUUGUCAAAAUACUCAUUGCCUCUUCAUCGCCGUAUUGUUCAGUACAAGACUGCCUACUACUCAUUUUACCUUCCAGUUGCUUGUGCAUUGCUCAUGGCGGGUGAGGACCUGGAGAAACAUCCAACAGUUAAAGAUGUGCUUAUUAAUAUGGGAAUAUACUUUCAAGUACAAGAUGAUUAUUUAGAUUGCUUUGGUGAGCCUGAAAAGAUCGGGAAGAUUGGUACAGAUAUUGAAGAUUUCAAAUGUUCUUGGCUGGUUGUAAAGGCCCUGGAGCUUUGUAACGAAGAACAGAAGAAAACUCUUUUAGAGCACUAUGGAAAGGAAGAUCCGGCUGAUGUUGCAAAAAUCAAAGUCCUCUAUAACGAGAUUAAUCUCCAAGGUGCGUUUGCUGAGUUCGAGAGCAAGAGCUACGAAAAACUAAACAGCUCGAUUGAAGCUCAUCCCAGCAAAUCUGUACAAGCAGUGCUCAAGUCUUUCUUGGGCAAGAUAUACAAGAGACAGAAAUAAGAAGACAAAGCUCUCAGCAUAAGAAUGUAGCAGAAUCAAAGAAUCCCACUUCUUAUCCUGAUGCAUGUUUGUAAUCUUCAAGCUGGGCAGCUCCUAUUCUGUUUGUAUAACUGUUUGUGGUUUUUAUUAAUUUUCAGACCAAUAAAAAGGGGGCUAACAUGUUUAUGCAUUGUAGUAUAAUAAAUUUAAUGGUUUUCCUA